CCCCCCCUUCCCUUACUUCCGCCAUCCACUCCUACAAUUCCGUUUUCCAAUUAUUUAUUUCUCUGGUCUGCUUAUGUGCGUUGGAUUACUCACAUUAUCUUUUAUCUCGACUGUGACACGGUGGGAACUCAAAAGUUCCAAGUUAACACUGUACAGCUUAUGUACAACAGCCUGUUGUAAAUCUCCAACAUGGGAUUUCAAUUCUAGCAACCCAUUUUCUUGAACAAACAUAGAUAUUGUGAUGAAACUCAUGGCAGCAAUUGUUGGUACAGCAACUAGUAAUGCAAGUGUCCAAUGUGAUGGUAAGAAACUACAAGAAAAUUUGCAAAAUGCUGUGAAACAGUGUCAAAGUCGUUAUGCCUCCCGUACGGAACUUGCCACAGAGUUGGAUCACAAUGUCAUAGUGCUGUGUCAUUGUCUCGAAGCAAUUUUGUCUCAUGGAUUGCGCCCCAGACUUAACAGCAAUAAAAAUGGAUCUGUCUUCCAGCAUGUAACCAAUCUGGUCAAGGAGUUGUCAAACAAAGAUGACAAUGUCGUUUUUUGGCAUUUCGUGAGUUCUCUUUUAACCAAACACGAGUAUGAAAGAUACACAGCCUUAAAGCACAUUUGGACUGAUAUCGGUCGUGGCAGAGCUUGGCUACGGUCGUCAUUGAAUGAACAUUCUCUCGAGCGGUAUCUUUCAAGCUUCAUUGCCAAUACGGACCGCCUACAAGAAUUUUAUCAAAAUGAUGCGUUCAUUCGGGAUAGUCAACUGAGUGCUGCUUUGUUGACAACUGUUACUGAUUUAUUGCCUAUACUGUUUGCUAUAAACAUUGACAAUGCGGAGUUAAAUUCAUCUGUCCCUAAAAAUAUCUGCGCCAACAAAACAGUGGAUUCUGAACCUGUGAUUAUAUCUUAUCCAGAAAAUAUCAACAAAUUGAAAGAAAGAAAAAGGAAAACCAGGAAUCCUAUCAUCUCCUUCGAUGAUGAUAAUGAUUUAGAUCAUAUCAGCAGUGUUACAAGUCAUAGUUCUGGCACCAGUUGUGAUGGUAACACCCCAAUUAAUGAAGUGAUCCCUGCUGUUCAUGUCACCAAAGUAGAGUCUGUUGAGCCUGAGUCACCAACCACACUAGAGAGUGAACCUGAGGCUGCAGAAGAAGCGGCUUUGUCAGAAGACUGCUGCAAGACAUCUCCGCCAGAGAAAAGUUUGGAGUCCAGUGAUGUUAGUCUUCGAACUGUCAAUGAUGUUGGCCUGGAUUUAUUGAUACCAAUCCCUUCCAGUAGUUUAAUGCUGUCUACUUUAAGCACAGUCACAGAAGAGACCAAAAGUAUCGAAUUACAAGAUGAUGAUGAUUUCAGCGAGGAAGAAAGAUUGAAAGAAGAAAAUAAAGAUCUCAGUGCUCAGUUAGAAUCCCUAAAAGCCUUGAAAGUAGACAAUCAAAGGUUAAAAACAGAAAAUGAAAUGCUGAAACACCAGCUCUGUAACUAUGUGAAUGCAGUGAGGCUAUUGGAAAAAGAGGAACACAACAGCACCGAUGAAGCGAGAUUGUACGAGCAAAAGUUAGUUCAAGUUGCAGAAAUGCAUGGCGAAUUGAUGGAAUUAAACUCAAGAUUACAAAGAACAUUAGCCAUCAAAGAUGAGAUUGUGAAACGAUUAAGCGACGAGUUAACCUCUCUGAGGGGUCCCCUUCCAUCACCAGAUGAUGUACUUGCCCCCUCUUCUCUUGUAAAUUUGUGGAUUCCAUCCGCAUUUUUGACUGGAAAUGUUACCGAUCAACAUCAUGUUUAUCAGAUUCACGUUCGGGCUGGGGAUGAUGAAUGGAAUGUAUAUCGCCGGUAUGCUCAAUUUUUUGCUCUUUGUCUUGACCUAAAGAAAAAGUAUCCUGCAAUAAGUAAAUUUAUCUUCCCACCAAAGAAAACGCUUCGUAAAAAGCGAGCUAGUUUGGUUAACCAAAGACGUGGACAAUUAGAAACAUGGCUGCGGCAAGUUAUUACCCACCUGUUGUCAACAGAUCCUCUUCUGUCUUCCAAGCACAACCUAAUCAUCACAGUGCCUUUUCUAGGGGAAAACUUCUGUCCGUCCAGUGAUGAUAGAGGGAGUGGCUCUCAAUCUCGAAAUUCAGACGCUGCCAAUAUGAGUACAACACCACAGUAUAUGGGUCUUUGACAUAGUAUCAAUGUAAUCAUAACUUUAUCAAUUUCAUCUAAAAGUGUUAUUUUUGCUCUCUAUUCUGAGGUACUGUCUUGCUCCUCGUCACACAUUUAUUUUAUGAAAUUUUUCUCUCCAGGUUAAUAGCAUUCUUAAACUAUUUAUAUUGUUUCAUGUAGACUCUUCUUAAAUAAUCAAUAUGAACGAGAAAAUAUAAAAUGACGCCACAGUAAUAGAAAGAACUGCCUUGACUUGACUCUCAUACAAUCGUAUUUUACAAAAUUUAUUUUUAUCAGGUGAUCACCGAGCUUCUUUUGUAAGAAAAACUUUUUUAUUUACAUAUGGUGUGUAACCGAAUCCAUUGAAGUUAUCUGUACUCAGAAUCUGUUUUUUUGUGAGUCAGUACAUAAUAGAGAACAUGCUCUUGCCUGCUAUCUGGCUAUGACACAGUUUCAGAAAAAUCCCCAAGCAUUUCAGUGGCUAAAUGAAGAAAAAUGCAUGUUUCAAUGACAACAUUAUAAAUCUCUAAUUAUGAUUAUUUUUUUCCAGAAAAACCAAAUCAAAAUUUUACCUUGGAAUCUUGUGUGAGUUUUACUAGAAUACAGGAAAAAAAUUUCAAUUUCUUUAUUCAUAUUCCUUUGAAGAAAUGAAUUAUGAGCAGAGACUUAAAACGUAGCAAUCUGCAAUAUGCAUUUUUUCACGUAAGCCAUCGAUUUUAUUGACAUUAAUUAUCAGCAGAAAAGUUGAAGAAUUUUUCUUCUUUUGAAUCUUAAAAUCGUUCAUGUCCACUUCCUAGAUAUAUUCCAAGGGACCUUAUAUUUUCUCACUUAGACUGAAAAUUUUACGCGAAAAAAACCAGGAUUAAGACCAAGCCUUACAAAUAAGUAUUUUAUUCCAUCUGAAACUGAUGGAUUGAACAUUUUCACUAAUCGAAGGAAAGGCAUAAAUGAUUUAUAUCGCAAAUGCAGAAGUAGGUAUAACAAUUAAAAUAAGGGUAUCCAAUGAAACAACAGUAAAGUUACGCCAAUCUGCCAAUCACUUUUUCUAUAAUGUUUUUAAGAAAACUACUGAGCCUCAUUUUUUAUUUAAAUUUAAUAAUCCUUUGAGGUAUAGUUCAUGAAAGGGAGAGAUCAUUCAAGCAUUAUUCGAGUUUAUAAUAGACACAUUUCAUCUUCUUAGAAACGUUCUCUCAUCUUGGAGUAAUGAAGUGGCUCCAAACCACCAAGCUCUUCCAAUUUCUUUUUUUCCUACCUAAUAAUUUAAAAAAAAAAUCCCAUUAAUUGCAAAUAUGUAUGAACCAUUGUAAAAAUGUCUAGUUUUUCAAAAUUCCCAUGUUUCCAUCCACUCCUUGGAUCCACUUGAACUACUGUAUGAUGGUUUUCAUGGGUUUGUUUUUGUUAAAAAGUAUAUGUAGAUUUUAGAGAAUUUGUAAUUUGUUACGAUUUUAUAUAUCCAUACUUGUCUGCAUUUUCUUUGUUUUUCUCUAGUCGUAUUGUAAGAUACAAUUGAAAUUUUCCUUUUUUGAAGUAUGUUAGAAAUUCUGUAAACUGUGAGUAUUAAUAGUUAUGAACUUAUACAAAUAAGGACAUAGUGUCGCUAUUUUGUUUGAAUUUUCUCCAAACAUUGAUCUGUAAGAAAGCAUUCAAGAUUAUGCAAUGUAAUUUGUAUUAAUUAUUACAAAUCUGAAAAUAAAAUUAUGUAUGUUACUUUGUUUAUAUUAUUAUUGCUCUAUGUUGCUGUGAAUUUAUUUUUUACUCAAAAAUUAAACAAGGAAUGAACCAAUAUAUGUAUUUAUUUUUUAACUUAGAAUUAUACUUAAAUAUAGUGGGUACUUAGAGCAUAAUUGUUAUGCAUCCUCUUCGAUUUUUUACUGGCAUAAUCAAAUAUGCUCUUGUUAUUGUUAAAUUCUAAAAUAAUAAUAAUAAAAAAAAUAAAAAAGUA